AAGAUCAAUGUUUUUAGGUUUUUUUAUGCCCCAAUAUACUUCUAAUAACCUCACAUGACAGCAGAUCGAUCCAUUGUACGGUUUCUCCGGACCGAUUGGUCGAAGUUUGAAAGAAAUCAAAUGAACAAACUUUUUGUACCAAACCUUUCUGUAAUCUGGAUGGAAAUGGGAAAAUAUCUUCUCCUUUUGGUGUCACAGUUUUAUUCAUGGAAUACUCCAAAAAACAAAAAUACUGACCAGGGGCGGAUCUAGAAAAUAUUGAGUGUUCCGUCUGACCGAAAUGAGUGAGAUCCGACACUGAAUUUACAUCAUUUUCAAACUUUGACCAAUAGGUCAGGAGAAACCGUACAAUGGAUCGAUCUCCCUCGUGUAGGAUUAUUAGAGGUACAUGGAGGUAUAAAAAACCUAAAAACAUUAGCCUUCUCAUUAUCAGUACCAAAAAUGCUGAUCUUCGAAAACAAGGAAAACAGUAACUUUUUUGACUCUUUCAAAAUCAAUAUCAAGUAAAAAUAAAUCCAUAAAGAUUGCAGUCACUGGGUGCCGAAAUUUUAGUGGUCGAUGACAAAACGUGCCUUUUUCAAUCAAAGUCAGAUCGAGAUUGCAAAACAGGAUAUUGACGCUGAAUAAAUGGCAAUAUGAUCCAUAUGAUGGCCCAACAAAAAAAACCUUUGCAGUUGCAAAACUGGUGAAUGUACUGAUUGUAGUUAGACCAAAUACAGAAUUGUUAUACAGAAGAAGUUAUUCAUUUAAAAGCAUGUUAGGAAGAUAUUGGGAGAUGUCGUGUUGUUGGUGUGUUGUUGGUAUUGAUCCCUAGAAGGCCAAUUUAUGGCAAGCUUAUUUUUAUACGUUGACGAUGAACCGGAUCUGGCCCGAGUUCAUUUUCUAAUUAGACUUAUCAUUCUAAUCGCAUUGGGGCCAGUCCUGACUGGACCACGACUAUGAGACCUACUGUCUCGAAAACUGGAUCCGCCCUUGAUGUUUGUAGCUAGAAAAGCGUAUGACGUCAGAUGUAUUUAUAGAUUAAUAGAUAAAGUUUUCACCUAUAAGAUAAAAUGGGUUGGAUUGCAAUCAAUGCAUUAUCAAAAUUCAGUGUAUCAGUGACAGUUGCCAUGUCAAGGUGGAUUUUAUUUUUUAUAAUAGUCCAGAUCGGGUGCAGAGGUACAGAGGUAUGUUAUAUGAACCAUCGAAAAUAUCUGGAGGAUGUAUACUCCACAAUCAACACCUGUGCAGCUCCUCGACAUGGUGACGAGCCAAGAGGAUCCACGCUGGCGACGAGGUCCAUCGCAGUUCGUGUGGACGCCAAUUCUGACGACUUCAUCUGGGUCAAAGAGGAGAUCGAGGAAGUCAAGGAGACGGAAUAUGUACAGUAUUUGGGAAACAACACCGACGAGAGUGCAAAGUACGAGCCGCAGUCAAAUGGUAUACCAGUGGACUACAAAGAUUACAGUUUUUUAGUAGAUUUGACUAUUCUCGAUAUCGAUAGAGUAGAAUCCGUAUCCAAACGUAAUAGCAGAUGUAAGGGUACAAUUAUAGGAAGAAGAUGGAUAAUGACUGCCGCACAUUGUUUCUUCGAAGAUAAUACCAACUUAAACGUGUUGAUAUACAACAAGUACUACGAGUGCUUCACAAAAGAUGUUCACGUCAAGCCACACGAAGAUUAUAGACAACUUCCUAAUGGGAUACCUAUCAACGAUAUUGCGCUGAUGAGACUGAAAUAUGAUAUUGACUUAGAAAAAUAUCACAUUCGGAUAAGUCAGAUUAUAAAAAGAGUUGAAGACGUCGCUGGUAGGGAAGCAGUAAUGAUUAUAAGCAAUGAUGUAGGAAUGACGAUGGAAUUAAGGAAAGUCCGCUUAAACGUCAUCGGAACAUCAAGAUGCAACGAGUUGUGCAAAAACACAAAGAUCUCUUCAAAGUUUCACAUAUGUGUCUACAACAACAAGACGAACGCGACUACUCGUCCAGGUGAUAGUGGAGGUCCGCUGCUAUUAGGCAACUCCCAAAUUGGUGUGAGCUCUUUCCUAUGCAACAAAGCAAUCCACAUAUCUGUAUUUACAAGAGGAUCAGAAUAUUAUGAAUGGAUAUGCGAUAUAAUUGACAAGGAGGAUGGGUUCAACGAAGUUUGUGCUGAGAGGUCUUUUCCAAGUUCUACUAGUCCUCGGGCCAUCGUCACCUUUAUAAGGGCGAUCAUUAAAGAAGCCUACCCUGAGGGAUCAUUUGAUGAAUACUCCAGCCUUUGGGUCAUCGUAACGAGAAUUAUCAAAGAAGCCUUUCCUGUACCUAAGAGGUCUAUUCUGGAUUCCCUUAGUCUUUGGCGCAUUAUCGACAUCAUUUCUAAUGUUGCUAUGAUCGUCUUUGCGUUCUUUUGGUUAAGGAGGAACCGCACGAUUAUAGACGCUUAGCUACCAAAAUUGUAAAUAAAUAAACGGGACUUAUUCCUAUGACACUACUAAGAGCCCGCGCAGACAGAAGGCGGUCAGACGUACCGAGUUCCAAGUUCUGCGUUCCUGGUAAUAUAUAGGUACUAUGUAAUAAGUAACAAAACGCACUGAUCGCAGCGGUCAUUUAAAGGAAGUACAUAUUACAAAGAAUUGCGGCUCAACUGCUGGUAUGAGCAGUUCAUUUUGAUUCAACGCCAACUCUAGCAAAUACCCCACAAGCAAAAACAAUAAACUAAAACAUCAUCCAGUAAAGUCAUUGAAUGGAUUUUACGCCUAUAUCUUAAUUGCGUACGUUUCGAUAUAUACAAUGUAAACAAUACGUAUAUGAAUUGCAUAAGUGAUGUUAGGUUAACUUGCAAAUGUCAAAACAUUAGUGAACCGGUAACUAAAAACAAUAUCGUUGGGUGUGAUAAAAAUUUGUCUAAUUCAACUACACGUCGCACAUCUAAGUUAACUUUUGUUUUAUCAUAAUACGCGGCUAUCGGUCACUAUUAUACAAAUUUCUAAGUAGAGCUCCCAUCGCCUAUAUUACCGACGCCGUACAAAUGCUUAAAAAACUCCGGACAUUUAAGUGAAAUUGAGAUUUUACCCCAGAAUUUUUUCAUAACAAAAAUAAAACGUUGAAAUUUUUAAUCUACAUACAGCUUCCUGAGGUAAUCUGGCAGCAAACUUAAUUGGGAAUACUUUUCCUUUUGGCAAUACAUAUCAUAUAAAAAGAGUAUCAGGUAAUUAUGUGUAUGAGGUCGAACAGAAUUUCUGAGGAAAAUCUGUAAAUAUAUAUAGAAGUUCAUUCAAUUUUAAUACUGUAAUUAAUUACAAUCUGCGUACCCUACUGGUCGUGUAAAAAUAAACACCAAAUGAACUUACCUGAUAACUUGAAAGUUAUAGAGGGUCAAAAAUCAUCAACAGCGUGAAGUGGCAGCAAGAGGACGUGUUCUCAGUACACGUGUUCUAAGUUAUUGGUCCUUUUCAACAAUGAAUUGCCGAUUAUCUCGAACAAUCAUUUGGAUGGAUGAUAAUAUUUGAUAGUAGUCACACUAAGAAAAAAUUUAACUAAUUUGAAAAUUUAAUCUACUAUGUGACAGCCAAAAAGCUUAGGUAGUUUUGAUAAACUCUAAUUUCUAAACCAGUUUACUUGAAUCAAUUAAACUAUUUUACUUAGGCUGAAAUACACCAAUUUAUUUACAAUUGAUGAACUAUUAAAAUCAGUUUAUCUAAUCCAAGUAAAACAAUUUAGUUAUAUUUAUUAAAUGUGUUUAAUUAGCUUUAGGUUAAAGUGUUUGUCUACUUUCUAAUUAAUUAUAUUAUUUAUAUUUGAAAGGAUAUUUGAAUCAUAUUUGGAAUUUGGAAAAACAAAUUGAAUUUUACUAUCUUAUAAAUUACGGCAGCAUGUUAGGGCCCUCUUUCACGUUGAUAUGGCGAUUAUACUAGUUAACGAGACGUUGCGUGGAAGGACGCUAUUAAUAUCCAAUGGCGAGAUUAUUUUUACAUAUGGUUGACUUCAAAUUCUGUAAUACCGCAUAUAAGGUUUUUGAAUUUCUAAAAAUAAAAACUGUUAAUUUUCUAAGACCACACACUUUUUUCCAUUGUAUUUCAGCUGCCAUCUGUUCUGGACGAUGGGUAAUAUCUAACAUCACAUGUUACCGCGACAAAUCGGCAAUUAGUAUGUUAACCCUUAACUGGUAACGUGCAAAUUUGAAACACAACUGGUAA